CCCGUGACCAAGAUGGCGGCGGCGGCGCCCCCGCCGGGCCCGGCCGAGCCCGGGGCGAUGGUGGCGAUGACGGCGCGGGGCGCCGAGGCCGAGGCGCUGUUCGAGACCCACACGGCGGCCGAGCUGCGGGCGGUGGAGCGGCGGCUGCGCGCCGGCAUCGAGCAGAAGCGGGAGGAGCUGCAGCAGAUGGUGGGCGAGCGCUACCGCGACCUCAUCGAGGCGGCCGACACCAUCGCCGAGAUGCGGCGCAGCGCCGAGCGCCUGCUGGGCGCCGUGCGGGGGCUGCAGCGGGGCGGCUCGGCCCGGCCCGAGCCCCCAGCCACGGUUCGCCCCCCGGCCCAGUGCGGGUUCUAUGGGGCGGCGGCUCAGCUGAAGCUGCUGCUGGAGGUGCCGGAGCAGGUCUGGGGGGCGGUGGAGGGGGGUCGGUACCUCCCGGCCGCCCGGCUCCACCUGCUGGGUGCCCACCUGCGCCGGCAGCUCCAGCUGGACGCCCCCCGCGCCCGGAGCAGCCCCAUCCUCGCCCGGUUCCCCAUCCUGCUGCGCCAGGUGGCCGCCGCCAGCCACCUCAGAUCCACCAUCCUGCAGGAGAGCAAGGCCCUGCUGCGGUCGCGGGCGGUGUCGGACCAGGCGGUGGCCGAGGCCCUGUGUGCCAUCAUGCUGCUGGAGGACAGCUCCCCACGCCAGGCCCUGGCUGACUUCCUCCUGGCCAGGAAAAUGGCCAUCCAGCAGCUGCUCAACCAGCCACACCACGGGGCAGGUAUCAAGGCUCAGGUGUGUUCCCUGAUGGAGCUGCUCACCACCACCCUGUACCAGGCUCACGCUCUGUUCUACACCGUGCCUGAGGGGAUGUCCCCGGACCCAGCCCUGCCCUGUGGGUUGCUCUUCUCCACCCUGGAGAGCACCACAGGCCAGCACCCUGCGGGGAGAGGGGGGGUCCUGGAGGAGGACUUGAAGCUGAGCAGCUGGUUCAAGUACCUGCCGGAGUCUGUGGUGGAAUUCCAGCCGGCCCUGCGGACCCUGGCACACCCCAUCAGCCAGGAGCACCUCAGGGAGACCCUGCAGCAAUGGAUCAGCAUGUGCAGUGAUGACAUCAGGGCCGGGGUCAGCAGCCUGCUGGUGUACGUGAGGAGCAUGAAGGGGCUGGCAGGGAUCCGGGAUGCCGUGUGGGAGCUGCUCUCCAGCGAGUCGGGCAGCCACAGCUGGGAGGCCGUGUGCCGGCGGCUCCUGGACAGGCCCGUGUCCCUCUGGGAGGACCUGCUGCAGCAGCUCUUCCUGGACAGGCUGCAGACUCUGACCAAAGAAGGGUUCGACUCCAUCUCCAGCAGCUCCAAGCAGCUGCUCACUUUAGCCUUGCAGGAACUGGAAGUCAAACCGGGCAGCUCUGCCCUGAGCAAGCAGAUCCAGCUGGAGCACAACGUGGCUCUGUUCCUGUGGUCGGAGGGCCCCGGGGACCUGCCGGCGGACGCGGCGUGGGUGAGCGUGGGGCAGCGCGGGCCCUUCGCCCGCAGCGGGCUGGCCAUGAAGGCGCAGGCGCUCACGCCGUGCGUGCAGAGCUUCUGCUCGGCCCUGGACUCCAAGCUGAAGGCCAGGCUGGAUGACCUCCUGUCCUACCUCCCCGCGGAGCCCUCAGUGCCCAAGGAGCCGGCGGUGCAGCCGCGCUCCGCCUUCGACCGCUUCGCCGAUGCCGGCACCGUGCGGGGGCUGCUGCGCGACCAGUGCAUCGCCUGCGUCCAGCACGUGCUGGGCUGCGUCAGGGAGGAGCUCCAGAGUGCCCAGGGCCUGCUGAGGGGCCAGGUGGGCCCCCCUGGCGAUGCCCGGCUCAACGCCGUCCUGUUCAUGGCCAGGCUGUGCCAGUCCCUGCCCGAGCUGUGCCCUCACCUGCAGCGCUGUGUGCUGGGCCAGGAGGGCAGCACGGACACGGCGCCCAAGGAAACGCGCUCCAACAAGAAGCUGGGGAAGGGGAAGGCCCAGGAAGUGACCCCCGAGCAGGCCAAGUGGCAGGGCCUGAAGGCAGAGCUCCUGCAGCAGAGCCUGGUGGCUUAUCAGAUCUGGAGCUCGGCUGUCACCAAAAGUCUGGUUCAGUGCUUCACCCACACGCUGCUGCUGGACACGGCUGGUUCUGUCCUGGCCACAGCCACCAACUGGGAUGAAAUUGAAAUCCAGGAGGAAACGGAGUCUGGGAGCAGCGUAACGUCAAAGAUCCGGCUGCCUGUGCAGCCCUCCUGGCAUGUCCAGUGCCUCCUGUUCAGCCUGUGCCAGGAGGUGAACCGGGUGGGUGGCCACACUCUUCCCAAGGUGACCCUGCAGGAGCUGCUGAGGACCUGCAUGGCAGAGGUGCUCGCUGCCUACCAAAAGCUCAUGGAACAGAAGCAGGAGAAGCCCUCUCUGUGCCAGGGAAGAGCCCCAUUGCUGCCUGUCCUGUUUCAGAAGGUGGACACCUUCCCCCUGACCCAGACCAGAGCUCUGCAGUUGCUCUAUGACCUGCGGUACCUCAGCAUCAUCCUGACGGCCAAGGGCGAGGAGGGGAAACCCAGCAGGAUCAAGCAGGACUCUGGGAUCGAGGUGGUGAUCGACUUCCUGGAGGGACACAUCGAUCCCUUCGACUUGGACGUUUUCACUCCACACCUGAACAGCAACUUGAACCGCCUGGUCCAGAGAACCUCCGUUCUCUUUGGCUUGCUGACGGGGACAGAGAACCAGUACACGAGCCGGAGUGGGGCACUGAGCUCCCAGGAGCUGCACAACAUCCUGCCCUUGGCAUCCAGCCAGAUCAGGUUUGGACUCCUGCCGCUGAGUAUGUCGAGCUCACGGAAGAGCAAGUCCACUGCCAGGAGCACAGAGCGAGUCCAGGCAAUAAGCACCCUGAAACACAGUGAGGAUUUACACAGCCUGGGCAUCUCGAGGGCAAUGCAUCCAAGACAGUUCAUUGAGGAGGGGCUGCAAGAAAGGCUGAAGGACAGUGGCUAAUGACUGAACUCCUUUGCAGUGGGACGCUGCCCUCUAACCCCGAGGAGCCUGGCCUGGUACCUCAGCCUGUGUGAGGAGUGUGUGCUGCUCUCGCAGAGGCUCCGCUCUGUCCUGUGGCUGAGCUGUAGCAGACAAGCCUUGUGUUGCUACAUUUCCCCCAGUUUAAAACAUCUGCUUAGAUGGAGCUCUGUGUGCUGAGUGAGAGCCAAGGAAUACUCACUGCAGUGGGAAGCAGGAAUUUCCUUUAGUUAUUACCAACCCAGUAAUCCAUCUGUGGUGACGUCUUGGCAAGUGGGCCAAGUUGGUGAGCCUUGACAAGAGUCAGGACAAGAGUUAAAGGUCUGGUCUUAUCACGAGAUGAUGUCCAAUUCACUCUGCAACUCCCCUUUCUCCCUUACUCAGAACCAUUCAGGACCAGACACGACAUAAGGGUUGUUUAAAAGCCCAAAGCUUCCCAAUAAAGGUAUUCCUUACCUCUCAUACCUCAGCUGGAGUGGAGCAUAGAAGCGUGCAGUGAUGUGUGGCUCGCUCCUGUCACUCCCCUCACCUGUAUCCUGUGCCAGCCACCCUUCCCAGAAUCCCUGACAGCUGCCUGCUCCUUCUUCAAUGCUAAAUCACUCCUGGAGAGGUUAAAAUCCAUAGUUCUCCACGAUGAGCUCUCUGCAAGGGCAACAGCCGUGCUGCUACCACGCUGUUAUCCUUUGCUCUGAGGGCAACAGCCUCUUCCCUGCAGCUCAGAGUGUUGAUGUGGGGUUUGUUGAGCACUGAGUGCCAUCUGCCAAGUUCCCUGGCUGCUAACAACAGCCAGGUGCUGCUGUGCUGCUGUCCCUGUGUCUGUCUGUCUGUCACUAACCUCCAGCAGCAACACCACGCCGGUCGUGGGUCGGGUUGCCUGGGAAGAGCUGUUCCUGUUGUGGGCUACAACCUUGCAGCUCCUGUGGCUGAGGGUAUGGAGCAAGUCACAGGUUUGCUGUAACAGUUAUAGUGACUUCUGUGUUUAAAAACUGCCAGGUUGCAGCUCCUGUGCUCCCCAGAGAAGACGAGGCCUCCCGCCCGGGCUC